AUGCGGCCGGAACGAUUUCACUCCUUCUCCAGUGCGCUGGUGAACGUGAGCACUACGACUGAGCUCCCACAGCUUGCUGAUGUCAACUUCGAAAGGCCCAAGUUUCAUCAGGCCGUCCCGUUCUGGUUCUGGAUAGUUGGCGCGCUGGGGGCACUCCUACUGCUGCUCUACAAGACGGUUCAGCUUCUCCGCUCGGGAAGGUCCAGCCGCAGCUUCGAGCUGGACUUCACUUUGGCUCUCCGAUCAGGUGUCAUGUUUCUUGUGAUGCUGUUUCCGCUGACGCAGCCGGCCCUGCGCAAUGUCAACGAGAACAUCCAGAUUGUGUAUGUCUGGCUGCCGCUUUGGUAUAUCAGUUCUAUCAGGAAGAGCAUCGGCGAGUGGAUCCAGAUUUGCGUCGAUGCUACAACUGGAACAUUGCUCGCUAUGGGAGCAACAUGGCUGCUGAAUGCAGCAAUGCCCGGUGGUGGAG